AUGCGACCUGCCCGAAGCUUCCAUGCGCACGACUUUGACUGGAACGAGCACGCAGUCAUGUGCCGCGCGCAACUCGCGUGUGCAGGCGAAGCCGACAGAGUAGAAGAGUACACUGGCGAAGAGCUCAGCACGAUGGCGCAGGAGCACUGGGACGCGUUUCACGCCAAGAACAACGGUAUCCGAUGGUUCUCACACGCUUGUGCACGUAAAACGUUGCUGUUAUCAGGCAAGGUCUACAAGCCACGCAAUUACCUGACCAAGGAGUUUCCAGACCUCAUUACGGCGACGAAAGUUUUGGAAGUUGGGUGCGGCUACGGCAGUGCCAUCUUCCCACUCCUGGCAGAGUGUCCAUCGAUGCAUGCCCAUGUGUUCGACUUCAGCCCCCAUGCAAUCAACAUCCUCAAAUCGAAUCCACUCUACGACCCCGCGCGAUGCUGCGCGUACGUGUGCGACAUCGUGACCGGCGCGGAUGACUUGGGCGUACCCCCCACCUCCAUGGAUGUCGUGUUGAUGGUAUUUGUGUUGUCGGCGAUUCCCCCGACGUCGUUGUCCCAGGUCGUGCAAAAAGUGUAUCGAGCACUCCGACCCGGUGGCGUAGUGUGUUUCCGUGACUACGGGCUCUACGACUUGGCCAUGAUGCGAUCGACCAAGAAGGUCCAUGCUGGUGCGCCAUGUCAUGACGAGAACCUCGGCAACGUCUAUUAUCGCGGCGACGGCACAUUGGCAACGUUCUUUUCGAUCCAAGAUGUCGCGGCGCUGUUUGUGGAUGGCGGGUUUGCUGUUGUCGAGAACGAUUACUGUACUGUCCGGCUGCGAAAUCGGCGGACGAACACCAACAUGGACCGCGUCUGGGUUCACGGGACAUUUGUCAAGCGAUGAACGAGGGGCACGCGGCUUUUCACCACCUCAUCCUUCGUUUUACAGACGUAAUCGCUCACGAUUGUAUACAUAUAUCGAGUGUGAUGCA